AUGUUGUUUAAAUAUUAUUGGGUCUCGUUGAUAUUUCUCCGAUUGAUAUCGGCGCAAAACUCAUCGAGUGUCAAAUUAGCUCCAAUUGAAGCGUAUGGAAACAAAUUCUUUAACUCCAAGACUAAAGAACAGUUCUUCAUUAAAGGGAUUGCAUACCAACCAAGUAGAGCCUUAGAUGAGGUAAGCGCUGAUGGAAUAAUCUACGAGACCAAUUACAUUGAUCCUCUAGCAGACACUUCCAUUUGCUUAAGAGAUCUUCCGUAUUUGAAAAAGUUACAUGUUAACACUGUGCGCGUUUAUUCAAUAGAUCCAACAAAAAAUCAUGAUGAAUGUAUGGAGGCAUUUGCCAAUGCUGGAAUAUACGUUUUGUUAGACUUGAGUGAACCUGAUGUUUCGAUUUCACGAGAUUUUCCAACAUGGGACGUUCAAAUUUUCCAACGGUACAAAGAUGUGGUUGAUGCCAUGAGUACAUAUGACAACGUCUUAGGCUACUUUGCUGGUAACGAAGUCACAAAUGAUAAAACAAAUACUGAUGCUUCUCCAUUUGUUAAAGCUUCAAUAAGAGAUAUCAAAAAGCAUAUUGCAAGCGCACCAUAUCGUAAUGUGCCUGUUGGGUACUCGACAAAUGAUGAUAGUGACACUAGGGAUUCUUUGGCAAAUUAUUUUGUUUGCGGGGAAUUUGAAGCGGACUUCUAUGGAAUUAAUAUGUAUGAAUGGUGUGGAUAUUCCAGUUACGGUGGAAGUGGUUACAGAGAAAGAACACUGGAGUUUAAGAAUUUCCCUGUGCCAGUAUUCUUUUCUGAAUUUGGAUGUAAUUCAGUUAGACCCCGUCCAUUCACAGAGGUAGGUGCCCUUUAUGGACCAUUGAUGACCCCAGUGUGGUCUGGGGGAUUAGUGUACAUGUAUUUUGAAGAAGAGAACGAAUAUGGAGUGGUUAAGGUUACAAAGAAUGGACAGGUCAUUGAAUUGGAAGAUUUCAAGUACCUUCAAAAUGAAUUUGGUAAAGCUAAACCAAAAACCAUUACCAUUCAAAAGCAUCUAGAAAAUCAUAAAUCCACCAAGAGGAAGUGUCCCCAGAAGAGCAUGUUAUGGAAGGCAUCCAUUGACCUCCCACCUCAACCAGACUCCGAUAAAUGCAGGUGUCUAGAGGAAAAUUUACCUUGUAUUUCAUCUUCUUUGAAGGACUCACAAUCCUACAAGAAUUACUUUGAUUAUAUCUGUGCCCAGGUUGAUUGUUCUGACAUAGAAAGUAACGGUGUAGACGGUCAAUAUGGAAAAUAUUCUGACUGUAAUGCAAAGCAGAAAUUGAGUUUACAAUUGAGUAAACUCUAUUAUAACUCAGAUAAAAAUAACAAUGAAUGUCCCCUUUCGAAUAAGGACUUUUAUUUCAAUUUCAAAAGUUACAAGACGAAAGGAAAAUGUGAAGCAGUGGUGAAUUCAAUUAAAGAGUCCGCCAAGUCCAAGCCGACUAAAAACGUUUCAGAAGAUAAGAAUGAGGAAUUCAGUAAUAAAGGUAAUGAAGAGAAAAUUUGGUCUUUACUUUUGGUCUUAACUGCGGGCAUAUAUGUCCUCUUUUUAUAA